CGGUGCUGGGCGGCCGCCCCGCAUGCGCAGCAGGGCAGGUGUCGCCGGCAGCCGAGAAACGCCGGGAGCAUCGCGGCAGCCCCGCGUCCUCAUGGUGCCGGGUCAGGGCGACGAGGGCGCCGCUGCUCCGGCGGCGGGCGGGCAGGAGCCGGAGGUGCAGCCGGGCCAGGAGGACGGGGCGGGUGCGGGGCAGCCGUCCCUGUGCCCGGCGCCCGGCAUUGAGGCGGCGGGCGCCGAGGAGCGCCGCGCUUGUGACUGCAGCUCGGGCUUGCCCUGGCCGCGCUGCUGCGGGGCAGCUGGAACAAAGAAGAAAGCUGCGUGUCCAGGACUUGGUCUGUUUUAUACCGUACUGUCUGCCUUCCUUUUCUCAGUGGCCUCUUUAUUUCUUAAAAAACUGGAAGAUAUACAUUCAGUGGAAGUGAGUGCAUUUCGAUGUAUUUUCCAAAUGGCAUUCGUUCUUCCUGGUUUAAUAUACUACAAAACAGGGUUUUUGGGACCAAAAGGUAAAAGAAUUUUUCUUUUCUUCCGAGGAUUCUUUGGCUCUACUGCAAUGGUUCUUCUCUACUACGCUUACCAAGUCAUGCCACUGGCUGAUGCCACUGUUAUAACUUUUAGCAGUCCUGUUUUUACGUCACUGCUGGCAUGGAUCUUUCUCAAAGAGAAAUACAGUCCUUGGGAUCUUCUGUUUACCCUCUUUGCAAUCACUGGAGUGAUUCUUAUUGCUAGACCACCAUUUCUGUUUGGGUCACGUGGUGUGGGGAUUGAAGGAACUUACACAGAUCACCUUAAAGGAACUAUAGCAGCAAUUGCAAGCACAGCAUCUGCAGCUUCAACUAUUGUUAUACUAAGGAAGGUGGGAAAAUCUGUGCAUUAUUUUUUGUCAAUUUGGUAUUAUGCAGUCAUUGGUUUAAUUGGAUGUGUUAUAGUAUUGUUUGUUUUGAAUGAAUGGCGUUUACCACACUGUGGUAAAGAUAGAGUUUUUCUAAUAUUAAUAGGCUUGUUAGGUUUAGGGGGUCAGAUAUUUCUCACAAAAGCAUUACAGAUAGAGAAAGCUGGACCUGUAUCCAUAAUGAGAACAAUGGAUGUGGUUUUUGCUUUUAUUUUGCAAAUUCUUUUUCUCAAUCAUCUGCCAACUUGGUGGACUGUGGGUGGUGCCCUGUGUGUAGUAGCCAGUAGUUCUGGAACUGCCAUUCGCAAGUGGCGACAAAGUGUGAAAAAAGCUAAACAAAGUGAAAUCUAAGAGUACAGACACUAAUUCGUUGCAGAAACAAGCAAUCUUGAGAGAUAUAUAUAUACACAAUAUUUAUUUAUUUUAAACAUCCCAUUUACCAAAUUGUAGUACCAAAUUAUAUCCAAUAAAAUAAAACGAUUUUUUUUUUAUUUUAAAGCAAAAUUGAAGAUGUUUUAGUAAUUGAUUAGGUAUAUGCUCUUCUUUUUCAUGUUUAGGUCUGAAAAUAUGAGCAGUGGAAAGAUACUUUAAAGUUGUUGCUUCCUAUCAGAAGUGGACAACGCUCUCAGGCACAUGGCGUGAUUCUUAGGGUGUCCUGUGCAGAGCUAGGAGUUGCAUAUGGUGGUCCUGAUGGGUCCUUUCCAACUCUGCAUAUUCUGUGAUUCUAUGAAUAUUUAUUUUCCUAAAGUUCUUGACUCCCCACUUCUUAGACCCUUUCUUUAUUCUUCAGAGCAGUGGAAAUAGUCUCCCAGGCUUAUUUAAUACUAUUCUGUGCUUGAUUCCCAGAGAGAUUGCAGUAAAAAGUUAGAAAGGAAUGAGAGUUAGUAAUCUUUAAGCAACCAACUUUUAUAGAACAGAUAAAGCUUGCACAUUUACAAGAUAUUUUUUUUUGCACAAAACAGAUGUCAAAUGGGGAUUUGUUUUUAAUUUGGAUUUUAAAAGAACAAAAGAUAUUUCAUCUUUCCAAGUAAUAUAAAGAGAAAAUUAACUUACGAAAAUUAUCUAUCAGCUUUGCUUUCUUUUAAAAAGAAUGUUAAGUGUGUGCAUUUGCUUUACAGACACAGUGAAAGAAUCUAAUCCCCUUUUUUUUCCCCCCAAAUGUGAUUUUCUCAAUAAACAUGUCUUUAGUUGCUGCACUCUCAAUGAUGAAAGACAAUGUUUAAUUGUAUACCACUUGUAAAUUAGCCAUUUCUUGUGGUAUGGAAUGUUACUCUGUAGCUGCACUUUUCUUUAUUCUAUGCAAAAGAUUAUAUUUUUUAGGUAUUUAAUAGAGGUUAUUUUUAAUGCUGCUUACGACCCUUUUGUUUAGAUUCUUCUGUAUGAAAGUUCUUUGUGAGACCAAGUUUAAGUCUCCUUGGCCUUCAUAAAGUUGUUAGGAGCAUUUACAAUAAAGCUUUUGCCUACUUCCUAAGAAUGUACAAGAGUGCAGGUAGUUGCAGUUUCACAGAAAAUGCAGGUUGACCAAGGCCGUACAGAGAUUCUACAGAAGAGGUUUGAGGAGAGCUUGGUGGAAGGGUAAAGCUAUGCAUACACAUCUCAUCACAUUCAAGCAUCCACACUACAUCAGGCAGUGCUAGUGGGCAACUUCAGCCCCAUUUCUCCAGCUGGUGCUUUUAAAUCUACCUUGAUCACUUUUCUUGCUCAUCUUACUUUUAUAGACUUUAUCUUGAUAGCAACAAACACUAAGAAAAAAUACUUGUGUGUCCUUCACGUUUGAGGAGGACUAAAUGUUUAGUAUCAGGAAGUGGGAUUUUCCCAAAUUGAGUCUUAUGUACUUUCAGGUCUUGUCUCAGUAGAGUUUAAAGAAAACUUUAAGUUGAUCUUUGUUUGGACAUUUGUAUCAUGAGGAAGUUUUCAGUUAUUUACUCACUGUAGUGUUUUUCUAAAGGAAAAUGCAGUGUUCUAUACACUUGAUACACAUUUGUUUCAAAAUCACUGAAAGUGGUGGAUGUUUCCUUAUUUUGAUUUGUAGAUGUCUAGUCACAUGUCUUUUCCUUUGUCAACAAGCAUUGCAUCCUGUCAGGGCAGAUCUAGGGACUGCAGUCCCGAAGGGCUGGAAUGCAUAUAGUACUUUGGGAUGUAUCUGGUGUGAGGAGCCUCUUUGUGGGAGUUUCUGUACGUAAACCAGCACCCUGGAUCCAUAUGUGUUUAUGGGUAUGAGCAGAUUCCGCUUGAGUGAAAGAGUCAGUUCCUGCUCAUAGUUAUGUGUUUUCUGCUUCUCCUGAAGGCUGAAGUUCAGCUACUCCUGAAGGGGUCAAGAGUAGCAUGAAGCUGCUUUCCUAUCUCUUUAAAGCCUCGUAGUAAUAAAAUUCCAGUUUGGCACCUAUUUUGCUUAAUACUUGGAACUGUGAACUGGGAUUGUUUUUCUGCUGCUCAGCCAUCGCUGCCAUUAAGCAAUAACUUUCAGGGAAGGGAAGGAAAACAAACUGCAUUUUUUACUGCUUCACUUCAUGUUUAAUAUGCAUAUGUUUGAAUUGCCACUUAUAAAGGUGUGGUUCCAGAGCAGUUCAGAUUGAUGUAAACUUGGAUUGUCAGCUAGCCUUGCUCCCUCCUCUUGGCUCAGUGCUUGUGCUUAUGUGGUUAUGUGAUGAGCUAGACCUGGGAGCUGAUCCAGCUACGUAUCUUCUUAGUAAGGUUGUUGGAAAGAGUAAAACCAGGGUAGCCUGAACUCGAUGACAGUAUAAAAACAGUAGGAAGGGGAAUUAGAUAAUACUUCAAAUUACAGCAUAUGAAUGCUGCUUUGUCAGUACAGAAUAAAAAUAAUGUGGAAGCUUACAUCAAGAACUCUUUAGUUCAUAUGAUUUCAAUGAAUCUUGUUUACACUUGGUAGAGAAGAACAGGCUGCUGAAGAAAGGGUUGUUUUCUUGCCCUUAACAUAUAAAUAAAUCUAGAAAAUAAGCUGAUCUGAAAUCAGAAUCCAAAUAUAGUGACUGGUAAUUUUUAUCUCGAGUUUUUGCAGAAACUCUUUUGAUAUAUUUUCAUACCUGUGGUGCCAAAAAACCCAGGUGACUAUUUUUUUUUUUCUUUAUUCAAACCUAUAGGGUCUCCUUAUGGCUCCAUCUGCUUAUUUCCUCUUGCUGUUCCCAAACCUUCCUAAAUAUUUAAGUUGUUAAAAUAAUUAUCUAAACAAGAUCCUAUGUUGGAGAACACUGUAUGUGUUGGAACAUUAUUCUGAUUUUGGUCCAUCUUUUAGAGAAUUAUUUAACUGGUAGGAGACUGAAGGACUUGACUAGGGCUUCUCUAGUCAUAAAGUAUAACAAGCUAGUUUCUGUAAUUAGCUUUUCUAGAUGAUAUUGGGCAUGGAAGAUAUUUAAGCUUUAAGUUUUUCAACUGCCUCAAUUUUAUAUUUUUUCUUCCUCUCAAAAAUAGGUUGAAAACCUAAAUAUUAGUUGUAACCCUUGAAGAUAAUGAAAUUGCAAAAGUAUGGGUACUGUGAAAUGAUAGGGGUUUUUUAAUGGAAAAUAUUUCUUAAAAUUUCUGUUAAGAUGGUAAAACUUUUCUUCAAAGCUUAACAGUUUGAGAAUCUGAAAGGAAACUGGCUGAGCCUUGAUUCUUUCAGAUUCUGAUCUUUUUUAGCUUUUAAAGUUUUAAUACAGCAAGUUUCUCAGGGUCAAAAGAUAUUUUUCUGAGCUUUGAGUCAGAAGUAUAUUAAUGUCCUGUUGUGAUCUUUGCUUUAAAGUUUGAUAAACAUACUUUUCUAAUAGAAACUUCUUCCUUUAUAAUACAAAGGAAUAUUGUUGCAUUGCAGUUGCUGUGUUAUAAAGUUGUCUCUCUUGAAUUUCAAUAUAUUCAUUCAAUGUACUGAUUUCAGUGGAUUCUGAGUAGAAAGAGUAAUAAUUAUUGAUUGUUUUGCACAUAAACAUAGGGAGGGUCAAAAGAUUUAGUUGUUAUUGAUGCAUCACAUGCAUGGUUCUUAUGUUCUUCACUAUGCAAGACACUGUAAUUGUCUGUAGUCUUCAGUGGGACUUCAUAGCCUUAAAGCCUUAUGUACUCAACUCUUCUAUAGAAAGCUGAUGGCAGAAAAAGCUAUAUACUGUUACUGUGCAGCAGCCAGUUUCUUUCAGGUUAAGUUGGUUGUCAAAAGUAUGAUCUAAAAGCCCUUUAAAUACAUCCACACCAAGAAUUUGACAAGCUCAUUGUGUAGACAAGGGCAGUCUGCAUAAUUAAAAUGGAUUUCCUGCAUUUGUCUAACACUAGGCAUGAAGUAGCCUCACCUUAUCAGCAUUGGUAAAAUAACUAGUUCAAUGUGUCAUUUUUAUUCUGAAACUUGAAACUAGGCUCUUUCCCAAUUCCAAAACAUCAAGAUGGAGCCUCCUGUAAUUGGCAAUGACAAGAUGGAUACUACUACCCUUGAUCAUCAUUUAGAAUAAACACUCCCAUGGUGUUUUCUCUUCCUUGAGCUUUUGUUCAAGCUGUCCAUUGGAAGAAGGUUUAUUUCUAUAGAGGUAGCCUCUUUAGAAGUUAUUUUCUUGCUAACUAGCAGUAGUUAACCAGGAAGAGUCUGUUCCCUAUGUAGCCACGGUAGGCUCGUCUGUGGCAUCAGUCCCACGAAGGCAGUAGGAACAUGAUCUCUGUCCCUGCAGGGGUUCAGGGUUGGCAGUGCUGACAGCAGAUGUGCAACACUGACUUCAGCAGGACAUUGCAGCUACCAGCAGAAUGUUUUUGUGGUCCUAACUGCCUGUCCAUCCAAAGAAAAGUUUGGCUUUAUAUUCCUGCAGAUGCAGGUGACUUCAGGGUGGAACAUACGUAGACUUCUAUGGUGAUAACACUUCUGUAUAUCAGAAUGAGUAAUUUCCUAUGUUAUAUGAGUUACUGUAUGACAAAAGGGGGUAAAAAUACCCUCAGCAUUAAUUAAAGGAUUUUUACUAUAUCCUAUGUAUUGUUAAAUAUAUGUUGAGUUACAUGUUUUGUAGAAGGUAUUGGCUUUGUUAUGUAGUAGUAUAUUUUUAUAGACAAUUCUUAUAUAUUGAAAUGUUAAGAAUAUUUUCGUAAGAGAUUUAUAUUCAUCAUUGCUAAUAAAAUGAUCCUGAAGAAUUAGUCUCUGUUUUUGCAUUGAUUAGUGGAAUAUAACUGAAUGUAGUGAUUGUAAAAGCUUUUUGAAAGAACUGUUAAUCAAACAGUCCCUGUUAAACACGAGCAUAUGCCUUAAAUUCUGCUAAUACUAUCAUGCUAUGUCAUUUUUUGUGCCUUGCAACUGGCUAGAAACAAAAAGAAGCUCUAUCAGCUUCCAUACAGCAGUUUCUUGACUGGAAACACUGUGGCAUCGACAGAUCAGUAAAGUUAAAUUUUCCUGUGUGCAAGUGGUGAUUUGUUUCUGUGUAUUUUUUUGUUUUGUUUUAUUUCCGUACAUCAUGAUUUGAAUUCAAGUCUUAUCUCUUUUGUCACAAGGUGAUACUUAAUUCAUCCUGGUGUUUCCCAUUAUUUAGUGUGUCAAUAAUUAACUUUUCACCAAAGAGGAAAAAGCAGGGAAAAAACCCUCAUGUGUAAAACCGUCAUCAUUGAUAAAUAUUACAAAAAUAUUGGAGUACUUUUUUUUAUUAUCCUCGUAAGCGCUUCUUCCUACAGUGUCGGUGGACUUCUGAAGCUUACACUUGAGAACUUUAUGCAGGUAACAAAUUUUAUUUCUGGGUGCAACUUGAAACAUUAGAGAGGGAAAAAUAGAUGGGGAAUGAUGAGUUACAUAGUGGGAAAUAACUAGCAGUGUUAGCCUAUCUAUCCAGCACCCCCUUCUUCACUUAGUAGGCUCAAAAAUUAACUUAUUGUAGGACAACUUGAUGCCAUCUGUUUCACAGGCACCAGUAAAGGAAAAAGCAAGGUACUUGAAGAGAACUUACUGUGCCAGGCAUAGGCAAGGGAAGAUUAAUUGUCAAAGAAACUUUACCACUUUCUCUUGGCAGUUCUGUGGGUUCUCCAAACAGCUAAAAAUAUGUAAUAGAUAGAAAUUUAAGCUUUAAGGGAAGGGGAAAAAGAUUUUUGGAUAGAUAAUAUUGAAAUCUUCCUUAUUUACAAAUGGUAGGUGACACAGCAUGAGAGAUGAGAGCUAUUAUCUAUUGCUAGAUAAUAAAUCUCUUAAAACAAAAUUUUAGAAUUAUGUCUAUUCACUAAAAAAAAAAAAAAAAAAAAGCCAAAACCCCACAAACCCAAAAGAAAAAGAACAAACACUGUGAGUUAUCCCCUUAUUGAUUCAGUUAAGCGUUUUUACAGUCCUGAGCACAGGAAGCAGUACAUGAGAUAUGAUAUGCAGAUGAAUUGUUCAGAUAGGUUUCAGUUGAUACUUUGUACUCUUCAAUUAGCUUCUAUUGAACUGAAUGAAGUUCGUACCUUAUCCUGUCGAGGAGCAGUGAAUUCUGGAAAGGAUAAUGAGAAACUAAUUUGUCAUCUGAAUUUACAUACUGAGCAAAGGAAAAAGGAGAGAUUUGAGUUUUGGCUCUGCUGAAAUGAGGUGAUUCUGAGUCUCUGUGAAAGAGAUGGAAAGAAGACCCGUGUUUUCUGGUUGGCAAGUAUGAAGUUCUUAAACUUUCACUCUGUGCUGUGGCUGUUCUGUCGGCAGGUGGGGCUGUUUUUCUUAAUUUAUUCCUUAGUGCAUAAACUUAAACCCUCUUAAAAAUCCCAAUCUGCAGCUCUGGACAAUAAAAGUUUCAAUGCAGUGUGAUGUACACACUGUAAAUAUUACAUUUAAAUAGGAGUCCAAGUACAACUAAAGCAUUUAAAUGACUAUACAGAAUGCUGCUCAGCAGAUCCUCGAAUAAUCUCUUUGAUGUUUUAAAAGGUAUCAUCCACUCCCUUUCAGAGCAAAAGAUACUAGAGGGUACAGGAGGACUUUGGCAACACUCUCUGAAGUUCUGGGGAGCAAGGAGAGAGUGGGCCUGGUCCCUUCAUGUGAAUGUCAAUGAAUUAGCAGGUAAUGAAAUUGGACAUCUCAUUGAUAAUGAUGUUGCUGGGUAUGAAGCAAUCUGUAUAUGUAGCUUAUGUCCUAAGCAUUCUUUUUAUUAAAAGAAAAAAAAGGGAGGGAUAACAAGUACAUUCUUGCUAUUAAAUUCUUUGGGGCAAGAAUCAAAGUGAUGAGCUAGAAUGAAUUUAGGUUACUAGUUCUAAUUUUGCACAGAUAUAGGGCAUGUAUGCUGUCUGAGCAGUUAUCAGCAGGUUGUAAUUGUUGCCCGCUGUUUUUCUCCUAUUUGGCUGGCGUAUUUUUAAAAAAAAUAUUUCUGUUCAACUCUAGAUUUUUAUUUUGGGGCUGGGUUGAGACCCCUACAUAGUUCUUGAGCAGGUUCUUGGUGCAAGUGCUGAGGCAGGGAGGCCCUAUAUAUUAUCUCAUACCUCAUCUCCAGGGCCCUGCUGCCCAAUAUUUCCAAUGCCAGAGUUUCCCAGUAACUCUCUUGCUCUGGUCACCACAGCACAGGGCUAUGGACAGGACCAGGUGUGCUGGAAGAGCCUCUUCAGUCAGAGCAGUUGAUUAAAUGGGGAAGUCGUGCAAGCUGUUGAGCAUAGGUGCACUGUGCUGCGCCUAAAGCCUGGUAGAGUUGAGAAGGGUGGUUCCAACUUAAUUUAAGGGAGAAGAAUGUUAGAAAGGGAGGAGGUGACACAGUUAAGUACUACAGUAAGCUAGAAAAAAUACUUGUCAAAAUGUUUUCCAUUGGAAGGUUGGCUGGAGGAUUUUUUGCUGGUGUUAACUGGCACUGGUAGGUGUUGUUCUGCUUAAUAGGAAGUACUGGACAGUUUUUGGGAGGCUAAGUAAUGCUAGAGAAAAACCUUUUUAAUAUUAUUUGGAAAGGCUACGUGGCAGAUCCAUUUUAUUUCAUAAAACACCCUCACAGUGCACUGUGAAUCAGAUAUUAAUAUUUACUUUCUACUUUCCCAUUUGCUCUUUAUUUCUUAAAACAAAUAUUCCUUUAUAUUACUAUAAAAACUGUUCAGUCACUACUAAGUUUUGAUGAGGAAGUGAAGGAAAAAGCUGUUCACUUCUAAAAAGUAGCCCUGAUUUUGUUGGGUUUUUUUCACUUUACCAGAAAUACUUCAUGCCAACCAAAGCCUUGUAAUAGAUGUGUAUUCAAUUUCUUCAUUAAACAUCAUCUUUAUGUAAUAUGGACAAGAUCCUACGUUGUACUGUUUGUAGUAAUAUAUGUAGGGGUUCCAUACGAAAACACUUAGCUGAUGUUCUUUAUCCUUGCCAUAUGACAAAACAUUUUCUUCAUUAUUAAAAGUCUGAAAUCUCCCAUGGGAGCACUGCAAGUAGCCAGAUAGCCUUUUCUACCCUGGAAGCCUCGUUUGCUCAUGUGAUUCAUCUCCCUUUCCUGCUUCGUCUGCCAGAACCAUGUAGCUUAUUUCCUUUGCAGUUCAUUAGCUCUUAAUUUGCAGUAAAGGUGGCUGAUUUCAAUUUAUGAUAUUAUCAGCACACUUAGGCUAUGUUAUUUUUUCAAGGAAGGGAGGAAGGUGUGAAGCAUCUAUAUACCCAUAUCUAUGUAUACACAUAUAGAUUUAAAGACUGUAAACUUUACAGAUUAACCAUAUUUUCUGCAUCAAUAGGACUUGCACAUUUUAAUGUCAAUGUCUAUCAUGAAUCAUCUUGACCCAGCUUUAGAGAACAGCCCCUUGUAUCUGCCAUUCUAUAGGAGGGAGGGGAGAGAAAACAGAAAGGAAAAGUCUGGGGGAUAAUCUUCAUUCUCUUACUGGCAAGUACUCUGCAGCAAAGCUGUCCCAAUGAACCCUGUUUGUGUGAUCGGGUACAGAUUUAAGGAAGAGAAGGAACGGUUUGUUCUCUGCUGAUUAUAUAAGAAUACCCUUGAGAGCAUGUUCCUUGCUUCAGAUUACAGCCUGUAUCCCAUGAUUAGCAUGGAAGAAAAUAGGAAAACUAGAGUUAUACCCACAUUUCUGUUUCUUUAGUAUGCCUUUAUUGAAACCUGGAAACCUUGGCCUUGAGGUACUGGAUGAUACUUUAUGUUAGUUAGCUUGUAGCUCUCUAGAUGUCAGUUUUGAUCAACAAACUUAUAUGCUGUUUUCCUUGAGAGAAAUAUACUUGCCAAUUUGAUCUGCUCUUUUAAAUUUUCUGGAGGACUCUGGUCUUUCCAGGUUCUGUGAUGCCCUCAGAUGUUUUUGUAGCAUAUUUUUCUAUUUUGCCUUUUGUAUUAUUUUCUUGGAUAUUUAGAACUUCAUUUCAAGAUUAAUAGCUUUAUUUUUGCAGUCUUUACUCUUAAUUUUUUGUGACAAAACAGAUUUCCUCAGAUAUUGGGUGUGCAGUGACAGUGCACAGAAAAGGCAAUACAGCACUACAGAUCAGUCAGGACAAUGCAAAACUCCUAAUCCUGCAUAUAGUGAAGAUUAAUGUGGUUUGAGGUUGUCCAUGUUACGCUCUCUGUCCUCUCAAAUGCUCACAUCGAUGGGCUGUUCACUGGAAAGCCAAUGGCAUUUAUAAUACACUGGCAACUGAGAAACUUGAAAUUGGGAGAUACUAAUACUGUACUACCUUCAGAAAUCCUAGGAAUUUAUGUUUUGGACAAAUGGAUUAUGAAGAUCUUCCCAUACCAGUCUCUUUCCCAAACAAUUUAGUUCUUAAGGGACACUUUUUCUGUAACAAUCUGGUUGGCAAAUUUUCUGCACAUGAUCUUAGGUCAUUAAUUUAGAAUCUGGUGGUACUUGUGUUUAGUUUUAUUAUUUACUUUUUCUUUAACUCUCAAUUUUAUUUUUCUAAUGUCUGUGAUAAUUUCAUGUGUACUUUUAUUGGUAUGUUAUCACACUUGAAGAAUUUUUGACUAGGUUGUUUGGGAUUUUCAGUAUUCAAUUCUUCAUAACCACAUGUAUUUAUUUUCUUAGCCUUAGCAUAUAUAUGACUCCAAGUUGUAAUUAGUGACUCAGUGUUAAACUCUACCAACAUGUCUAUAAAGCACAGCAUUAGGAUAUUUUGAUGAAAGGAAAUUGGGAGAUACUGCUUUUAUAAAUCUAAAAGCUGCAGAGCAGAUGUGGAAGGAAUUACUGCAAAGAAUCUCAACUGGCAUAUAAAACAGAAGCUGAAGUUUAUUUUGGUUUUAUUAUAAAAGAAAAAAACAUUUUACUAAGGUUCUGUUGUAUUUAAAGUGACAUAAAAUUGAGUUGUUCAGGACUAGCUGUGAAACUAUGCACUGAUGUGACAAUGGAGUAAGGCAAUUUUUUUUCUUUAUUUAAUACUAGAAUUUUACAUGUUGAUUGUAAAGUACGUAUUUUUAGAAUUUACAGUAAAUUUAAUAAUGUUCCUUUUUGGGGGAGAGGCUGUAAUAGAUAUUGCAAAGUUAAUAUCCUUUUAUAAUUUCAUGAGCAAAAAGCAAAGUAAUUAUUACCUUUUUUGCAGUCUGAUUGUCUGGCUUCUCCCAUGGAAAGUCCUGGUCAUAUAUGCUCAUUCCUGAAUAACUAUUAACCACAAGCAUUCCCGUGCUCUCACAUUUUCAACACCUAAUCAGCCAGCCUGACUUUGUAGAAAACACUAGAUUAUUAUUUUAUUAUUAUUAUUAUUAUUAUUAUUAUUUACCUUUUACAGAUUUCAGCAAUGCAUUGAAGUGCUCACCAGGCUAAAACAUGGGUGCUGUUACAGUGCUAAAAGAUUUUCCUCACUUUAUUUUCCUUUUCAAUGAGUCUGUUAGUGUAAUACUACGUUAGAAUUACACUACACAUGGAAAACACUACAAGAUUUUGAGUUAAACUUUUUACAAAGAGGGUACUUGGAAUCAUCCAACAUAAAGUAUCUUAACAUUAAGAAGAGCAAAAAUACAAACAUACUGGGUACUUACAUGUUUUAUAAUAUCAUUGCCCACUGUGUUAGCACCCAAAUUUUUCAGCUAUUAAAAAUAAACAGUUAAAAUAUCUUAUGGCUUUAACCAUUCUGGUUGGUUACCUAAACAAAUUCUUGUGUUGGUUCUUGAAUUUGGUCAAAUAUAUGCUAUGGCAGGUUGACAGUAAAGGAACCGAAUGGAGUUAAUAUUAAAUUAACCUGUAGAGUCAUUGUUGUUUAGAUAUGAGCAUUAAGACAAUAUAGAUUUUAUAAUUUAUUAAAUUAAUAACUCAUUGUCCUGGCUGCUUGUUUAAAGGGAUGAUGGAGCACAGGCAAGUCAGCUCAUUUGUUGUUUUCCAGAUGAACUGAAUCCGUGAGUACAAUAAUAAUUAGGUAUUCAAACUAAAGGCACAAUUAUGAAGCAAUAAAAAACUAUCUUUUGGUGAAGCUUCCUUGAAAAUGUCACUCAGGAGAAACAAGCCUAGAAAUACUGUUCAACAGGAUUAAUUAGGUGAACUGGAACAGUUAAUGGCCUUAUACAGGGACAGAUACACAUACUAGGUUACAUAAAUCAGACUUUAUUGUUUAGGUGCUCAAGACAAUACUCCAUCCUGGUUGGACCAUGUAAUUUCAUAUAAGCAACAAUACAUUUUAUCAUUAUGAAUAUAUUAAAGACUUUACUGUGUAUUGAGGAACUUUAUAUGAGGAAAGUAAUAAAGCUGGCUUCUCAAUACAUUUUCAUCAUGACUGUAUAAUAUGAUCUGGGAUGUGUUUAUUACUUGCCACUUUAAUAUCACUAAUAUUUAUGUAUUAUUAAUGACCCAUAAACUCUCAUAGAUUAAUUAAUAGCUAUGUACUUUCCAUCUUCUGGGGUUUUAUUGGUUUUUUCUAGAGAGAAUUAACAGAAAAUUAUGGUAUAGUGUUCAGUUUUAUUACAUUUAUUAACUUUAUUCAAUUACUGGUAUUAAUAAUUUGACUUCCAUUGUCCCUGAACUGUAAUAUGAAGUAAACAAGAGUUAUUGCUCCGAUGUUUUGAAGACCUGGAUUCUAAUAUAGUCUCUAACUUUUAAAAAACUGUCAUAUUUUAUGAUGCCAUAAAAUAAUGGCAUACUAAAAAUAUAGCUAAGUUAUACAAUGGGAGUACACCUAAACUGUCAGUUUACAGUUAAUGUGUAAAAGGCUUUCUUUAAUUUGAUCUAUAUUAGAAGUUACUCCACUGAUAUAUGAAAUUUCUCAGAGUAAAACUUGAAUAGCCAAAAAAGUGAUAAUGCAAUUAUUCCAUAUGUAUAAUUAAUUAUCCUUAUCUUAGAGAUAUUUGAAAAUAACAUAUGAGUUUUUUUCAUGUUUACUACAAAACCUUUUGUAUCUCUUCCAAAGACUAAUUGGAGGAUGACUUUACUAAUGAUUUGAAAGUCAAACAGCUGAUAUCAAUUCCAAAGGUCAUUGUUUCAGUCUUUUUUAACAGUUAUUUGGUUUAUCUUGUUAAAUUCUUUUCUUCCUAAUUGAAAUGUCAGAAAGUCAUUGAGCAAGUUCAUUAAACUUUCAGAGUUGCCUCCAUGACUGGUGAUGGUUUUAGUGGUCAGAUAGGCAAAACACCUCACAUUACAUCACGUAAAGUAACAAUAAGUCUGUAAUGCAGUUACAAAGCUGUAACAUUCAUAGAAUAGCAGGCUUCAUAAGAAACCUCCAGUCCAGAGUUAAUAAUUUAAAAACAAUUUCUGAAAUUCAAGUAGUUCGUAUUAUUUAUUUAUUAUUUUGAGAAUCAGUAUAGAACUUGUACUUUGUGAUUAUUUAUCUAUAAAUAGCCUCAAAAUCUAGCUCUUACUAAAAUAAUGGUUGUCUCAACUGAAACUCUUUCUGUAAAAACUCUCCUCAUAGGGCGGAAUCACCAUAUGACUUAAGUAGGGUUGUGCUUUAUAGAGAGAGCUGAGCUGCCCUGCCUCCGUGGGCUGUAAUUCUGUAGGAUGAUAAUUCAUUUAAUGGAAGCAAGGAAUUAAUUGCAGAUAAGGCCUGUGUGUUACUUCACAAGAAAAAUUCUAUCCAUUAGUAAAUCAAUGGAAAUUUUGCUGUAUUGAAACCAGAGUGCAGUUAAGAAAACAUUCUCAAUCCUUAUUUUCAUAUGUUUCUAAUUUUCUUUUAGAAUUUCUGUUUGCAUGUGUGCAAGUGUGCGUGCUUUUCUUUAGUCCUAGCUGAAGGGUGAAUUUUGGAGCAAAGCCCAAGGAAAAACCUUUUGGCUAUUUUUUUUAAAUUAAAAGCAUAUUUUAAGUGUUUUCUGUAAUUUGUUAAAUAAAUUGUUUGAAAAUUUUGCUAUAUAAUAUCAUGAUUGAAAACAAAAUAUUCCUUUAUAGAUUAUACUGCAGGGUUUAGGCAGGUGAUGUGCCAUUCAAAGUGAGUGCAGAAAAAAGCCAGGUAUUCUUGACUACUGAUGCUACGACUGUAGUUAUUUUUUUUUCAUGAUGGGAAAAUUGCCCAAGUAAACUCACAUUGCUUUAGUUUCCCCAUCUGUAUAAUGUUAAUAAUACUUACCAUCUCACAGGAAUUUGUGGAAUUUAAUAUUUAUGCAUCACUUUGAAGUUCAUCUCUAAAUCAGUUUUGUAACCCAAACUCCAGAAUACACGGUCGGUAGAAGACUGUUAGCUGAUAAAAGAGCUAAAAGACACAUCAAAGUUUUCUGAAAGUCCUGUAUUUUUCUCUACCUUUAAGAACUGUAUUUGAGCUGGAUGUGUUGUCUUUCUGUAUUGUCAAGCCUGAUGGAGUAGCAGUACAGUGUGAUGAUUAACAGUGAGUUCUCAUGAAAACAGGGUAGACAGUGAUGGACAAUGGGAGAGAAAACUGAAGCAUUCUUAAGGCACUCUCUGCUUGGCUGAGAAUGUUAAAAAGAAACUGUGACCCAUGAGUCAAGUUCAGCAAAAAAAUAUUUUCUUCAUCUGUAUAGCACUGAGGUUGCCAGGCAGCUCAAAAUUCACUUCUGUAAAGCUCGGGCAUGGGAGUCCCCAGAGAAAGUGGAGGUCUGGGUGCCUGCAGCAUUCUUCCACCUUGGGAACAAAUUAAUUUUGAAAAAAGAUCAGUGACUUUGGUUGAGGGGAAUUAUUUCUGUUGUGUGUACAACCAGGGAGAGAGGUCCAAACCCAGUGAAUCUUACCAUAAUGAAGACAAACAGAUUACUUGGGUUAACUAUCCUAACAGGCAGCUUUCUAACCUGUCACCAAAGAAAUGCACUUCUUCCAAAGUAAAUCUGCUUGCAGCAUCGCAGAGGAUCAUGUACUUCUGUUGGAAUGGAAAGAAGAUGCCUUGUCUCAACUGCAGAUGUGUAGCUGGGAUGCAAUUUCAUCUUUCUCAUCAGCUGCGUGUAAUUUUUGACUUGUUUUUAAAGAAGGAAAUCACAUUAAAAGUAGCAACUGUAUUAGAUAUUUCUAGGCAUCAUUAUUACUUCAUAUUCAAAUUUUUCUCAUCCUCCAAUGCUUUACAGGGAUGCAAUUUUUGAACUGUUAAUUGCAUAAAUACAUUUUAGAAAGAGAGCAGUGCUGAAGCUUUGUUAUACUGGUAAUUUCUUCUUUCCUACAGUGUUCACAGAAGCAGAUGUCAUCCUGGAAGGAAUGAGCAUCUAAUUAUUCUGUACAUAUCACCUGCCACUAUUGUAUCCGACUUGUCUCUUUCACAGUGUUCAAAAAUCUUACUGUUAAAUAAUCUUCCAGUGUCUCAGUGAAACAAGGAAGUCUUCAAUUUCCAGGUCAGGAGCUGGAUCUCAGGAAUGAAAUCCUUAAUACAACAAAGUGCUUGAGCAUGUUAUUGACCCCUGGUAUGCCAAGUUGGCCCAAUGAUGUGCACCUCAAGUUUGACAGAUGCCCUAAUUUUUUGGCAAGUCAAGGAUAUGGUGAUUUCUCCAAAUUUUCCAUUCUGUAAAAGUAGCACUUUCUUUUCAGGACGGGAUAUCUUUUAUUGUUGGAGUUUUGCAAAUUGAAAAAAAUAAAGUGUGAACACAUUGCAAAGGAGAAAUUAUAUAUAUUUUCCCUUGGAAUAAUGCAAUAGUAACUUUCCUGCACUCUUGAAAAAACAUGGAAAAGCAGAGAGAAACUGGAAAAAGCUUCCAUGGAAAGGUUCUUGUUGCCUGUGUGUUUAGAGGAUAGUUUAUUGUCAGUAUUGUAGAGUUGAAAACCUAUUGCAAGAUUUGUUAUGAAGCAACUAACACUAAGAAAUUGUAGAGUACACUAGAGUAUUAUGUAAUGUAUUUUGGGCCAGUAUUCAGUAUCUAAAUAUAUGAAAGUACUGAAAAAUAUACAGAUCACACAGAACAUGAAUUGGAAAAGAUUCACUACUUGGAUUUUACUUUUUGCAAAUAUUGUAUUAUGGCAUUUUUUGGGUACUAUAUGCAGUGAAUGAAAUCCAGGCCAUGCUGGAGACAAAGGGAAUAUUAAAUUUUCCAUAGGACCUGGAUUUUUUCCAGUCUAUACUGUAUUUCAGUGUAGAAUGCUCAAUAUUAUGAGUUAAUUACCUGAAUUAGUUCAGACUGACCAUGUCUCAUGUUUCUCAAUAAAAGAUUUAGAUGUUUCACUGCUAAAAAUA